CUUCUCUCCUACUCCCCGGCUCCACCACCGUCGCAUCAGGAGGAGGCCAUCGCCGCCGCCGCCGCCGCCGCCGCCGACAGCCGCGCGGCGCCCGCUCCUCCGGCCCCGGCGCUCCUCUCCGGCCGCCGCUCUCCGACGCCGCCAACUUCCGGCGAUCGGUUCUCCCUGGAUCAAUCCGAAUUACCGCCGCGGCGACACCGCAAGCCGGAUCCUCGGUUCACGCCAUGAUCGCGGACGGUUCGUGAAAGCCGCCCGUCGCCGAUUACGAUGUCGCAGCAUCAGCAUCAGCAGCACGCUCAUGGCAACAGCGGCGGCGGCGGCGGCAAUGCCAUCAUACCGGUGAGCGAGGUGUAUUGGUCACUGGUCGAUAAAGCCGACAAGAAGUUCUCUAAGAUCAGGGACUUGCCCUUCUACGAGCGCCAGAGGUAUGACACCUACUUCUACAAGGUGUUUAAAGUGUACACUGAACUGUGGAAGUAUCAGCAAGAGAAUAGGCAGAAGUUGGUGGAAGCUGGGCUCAAGAGAUGGGAGAUUGGCGAGAUCGCGUCCCGGAUUGCCCAGCUAUAUUUUGGGCAGUACAUGCGCACGAGCGAAGCGAGUUAUUUGUCGGAGUCCUACAUAUUCUAUGAGGCAAUUUUGAACCGGGAAUAUUUUAAGGAGGGAUUGUUUCAGGAUCUCAAUUUGGCCAACAAGCAGCUGAGGUUUCUUGCCCGGUUUUUGAUGGUCUGUUUAGUCUUUAACAAGAGAGAAAUGGUGAAUCAGUUGGUUGGUCAACUAAAAUUGUUGGUUGAUGAAUGCAAGAGAACAUUUCAGGACACUGAUUUUAAAGAAUGGAAGCUGGUGGUUCAGGAAAUUAAUAGGUUUUUGAAAGCUGACACGGCUUUUAUGAAUACCAGGCCUUUGAGAUAUAGUCUUGCUUUGGAUCCCCACACGGAUUCUCUGCCACGUGUUGCUGCGUCUAUCACAAAUAGACAUCUGAGAUUACGAGAUGCAAUACUGAGCAGCUAUCACCAUAAUGAGGUGAAGUUUUCAGAGCUCACUCUUGACACUUUCAGGAUGCUUCAGUGUUUGGAGUGGGAACCAAGUGGCUCAUUUUACCAGUCACCUGGAACUAAACUUGGUGCUUCUGGUCAUACUCGCACUAGCUGCUCUCAGGAUAUUGUUGAUCAUACUUUGCCUCCAAACCCGCGAAAAGCUGUUUUAUAUCGACCAUCAGUGACCCAUUUUGUGGCAGUACUUGCCACUAUUUGUGAAGAGCUUCCACCAGAUGGAGUUCUUUUACUAUAUCUGUCAGCUUCAGGAAGAAGAAGAUCUUCCAUUUCACUGUCAGCCGGGGUUGGAGCUUUUUCUGAUGCUACAGAAAACAUAGCGAGAAACCUCCAGACUGUUGGCAUAUCUUCUGAUGAAACGUCUAGUAUUACAUUUGGCUCCCUAAGUGAUGAUGUACCUCCGUCUGGACAAAGCAAAGUUGACUGCAUGCAUCACCGAAGUCCUUGUUUGCAGUUUGGUAAUCGUAAUAGUGGAGGUUCAAAUUGCAUAUAUCCCUGUGACUUACUUCCAUUCACAAGGAGGCCACUGGUUUUAGUAAUUGACAGCGACAGCAGCAUGGCCUUUGAGGCUAUACAUGGAGCGGAAAAAGGAGAACCUGCUGCACUUCUUUUAUCUCCAAGAAGUUUAGCUCCAACUGUCGCACACGACUUCUCUCGUUGCCCUGGUGGAAGCUUAUUUACAAUCUUCCUCACAGCUCCGUUGCAGGCAUUCUGUAUAUUGCUAGGUGUUUCAAGCUCAGAAAUUCAUAUGGAAGUUUUUAGUAAAGCUGAGAAGUUGCUUUCGUCCUCAUUGAAUGACUGGGGUUUUGCUUUGGCAACAUCUGACUCCCUUAAUCCUGUCUGGGCACAAAUUCUGAAUGACCCUUUUUUAAGGCGACUUCUUAUCAGAUUUCUAUUUUGCCAGGCAGUAUUGAGUCUGUAUAUCCCAACCUCAGGUAAGGAGGAGUUUCUUCCCAAGUGUCUGCCCAGUCUUCCCAAGUCCGUCACUCCUACAAGUGUCGCAGUCCAAAGCGUAGUCCGGCAGAUCGCUAGCAUCUUCUCCAUCGACAAGAAGUUCAACUUUUCCGGAGCAAUCCCCGUGUCUGAAUCCGGAGAAAGUGAAUCAGAGUCAAUCGCAUCUUCUUGAUGAUUCUCUAGCGCGCAGAUUAUCUAGUGUGUUCAGACCACAUGGCUCGUAUAACAUGCUGCUAAAUUUAGGUGGCUGUCCAUUCAGAUUCGUCGCGUUUGCGUUUUGGGUGGUUCCAAGUUUGUGUCGAGUGGCCUCUUCUUCUGUUUCGAGGGGAACGAUCCCGGUACAUACCAAGUCUGUACGUCGACGGUCUGCGAAAGGUAGGAUUUACACAGGGUUUAUGCAUAUUUUUCGAAAGUAGCGAAUUCGAGGGAGCAAAAAUGCAAGGAUUUUGUUUGGCUCCUGCCAGUAGUAGCUUUACCAAAAUAGAUUUUGAUUUUUGAGCUUCA